AUGGAGUCUGAAGACAAGGAUGAAGAAUGGAAUGAUUAUACAAACUCACUAAAGUUGUUUGAAAAAAUCGAAAAAUUACAUAAGGAACAUGUUAAAGAAAUUAAUAAAUUGAAGAGUUUCAAUAGUAAAACCUCGAGUAAAUGUUAUAAAUCAGAAGAGGGUUACAAUGAAAUUGAAAAUGGUGCAAAAAACCGGGACGUUAUCAAACAUAGCAUGUAUAAUUAUGAUAUUAUUAAUUAUUAUAAAGAUGAAACAAUGUUAAAAAAAAAAAUAAUGGAUUUAUCUGAAGAUAUAAUGACAUCAAUAGAUCUAGUUUAUGAUAUCUUUCGUCUUUGUAAGGAUAAUGUUUUUCUAUCUUUUAAUGGAGGCAAAGAUGCUGUUGUAAUUUUACAUUUAUUUAGGUGUGCAUAUGCUAAAUAUUUACAUGAUGUUAAGGGAAAAAGAAAAAAACCAAAGUUAAUUUAUUUUAAAGACGAAAUAAACGAAUUUCCUGAAGUAUAUCAAUUUUUAAACGAAUGUGUAUAUAUGCAUGAUUUUAAUAUAAGUGUAAUUAAAGGAACAUGGAAAAAUAGCAUUGCAACAUUUAUAGAAGCUUUUCAAAAUAAGCAUAAAAUUAGUAUGAGCUAUCAAAUGAAAGAAAAUGAAAUCGAUUCAUGUACAUUUUUUCCAACUAUAGCAUUUGUUAAUGGAACAAGAUUUAAUGAUACCUAUAGUGAAAAAUUACAAAUUUUAAAUAUUAGUUCUAGAGGACUGCCACCAUAUUUAUAUUUAAACCCAAUUUUUUAUUGGACCUACGGAGCCAUUUGGACAUUUAUUUUAUAUUUUAAAUUUGAUUAUUGCAUUUUAUAUAAUCAUGGGUAUUCUUCUAUUGGCUCAGCCAAAGAUACAGUAAAAAACGAAUUUUUAAAAUGUAACGAUUGCUAUUUACCAGCAUAUUUCUUAAAAAACUGGGAAUAUGAAAGACACAAUAGACUAUCUCCUGAAGAUACAUAA